AUGAAGAGCGAAGACAGAAUCAUACCGUCCCGCGAAAGCUGCGUUUACACCAGCUGUUACUGUGAGGAAAAUGUUUGGAAACUCUGUGAGUUUGUCAGACAGGAAAGAACUGUACCACUGGAACAACUGUUUGUGAUUUUCAUCUCUAAUAAAAACAGAAUGGUUCCUCUGUGGAAACAGAAGUCUGGACAUGGAGACCGGCCAGUGAUCUGGGACUAUCACGUGAUCCUGCUGCAGGCGGGUCUUCAGUCGGACUCUCUGGUUUAUGAUCUGGACUCUGAGCUGUCGUUUCCCUGCAGCCUGAAACUAUACGCCGCCCAGGCCUUCCGUUCAGACCGCAACAUCAGACCCGAGUACCACAGGAAGUUGCGUGUUGUACCUGCUGACAGUUUCCUGUUGAACUUUGCAUCUGACCGAUCUCACAUGAAGACUUCUGAUGGAUCCUGGAGGAUGCCCCCCCCACCCUACCCACCCAUACACACCACAGAGAGUCACAUGAACCUGGAUGACUUCAUCAGUAUGGACCCGGCUGUUGGCUGGGGGACGGUCUUCAGUCUGGACCACUUCCUGCAGAGCUAUGCCGGAAACUCUUCAUCAUCAUCAUCAUCAUCAUCAUCAUUGUUGUCCUCAUAGUUGUCAUCUCAGACAGACUGCAGCAGACACACCUGUUUCAGAUUUGUAAAAGAGUCAACGUUACAAACACGCAUGGACAUAAAAACUUUGAAGUAGACAUUACCUACGACUCCGAUGGUGCAUUUCUACGAAGCAUAAAAUGAGCUUCAGCUCUCUGUUUAAAGCUGUUUAAAUCAGAGCACUGAACAGCAAAAGCCAUGGAGGCUCAUGGGUAAUGUAGUAUUUAAAGUGUUAAUCCUGCAGGUCAGAACAUGAAGCAGGAUGAUGGUUCCAUUAUCAGGAGAGUCCUGACGUUCUAUGUUCUCUAACAUUCAGCAGAUCCCCAAACUUCCCCCGUCUAUUUAAGCAUGUGUUUACCUGCACAGUUCUCACCUGGUUACUGCACCAGAAGCUUGUUUCUUACAGACUUGAACUGUGGUUGUGACAGUGACAGCAGCAGCAGUGUCUCUGUGUUCGAUAAGGUUCUACCAACCUGAUUCUAAUGUUCUGACAAAGACUUUUGUUGUUCUUACUACAGAACAAGUGAUUCUGUUUUAACAGCCACAUGAGACUCUCCUAUGUCCCUUAGACUUCUACAGACGACAUGAGAAAAGCAGUGCUUCUCAUCAUUGUACAGAAGUAUAUUUGUACUUUGUUCUUCUUCUACUUUACAUUUACCUGAGAGCUGCAUUCACUUUGACUCAAAUAAAAUGGCUGAUCAGUUUCUAA